GAUUUUCAGUAUUCUGUAUCAGUACGUUCGACUCGUACCCGAGGCCUACCAGAUGAAGGUAUUCGGCUGGAUCUCAGUGACAAAGUAUGGAUGUACAUACUCGCCGCACAGUUAUGUCUUCAGCUCACCAUUUCGCAAUUCCCGCGAACGCUGCUCCCCACGGUGGUUGGGCUCCAUACCGGCUACCUCUAUCGCGUUCAGAUCUUUUGCGAGACGUGGGUGAAGCCGUGGUUGAGCGAUGGCGCGCUCGUCCGGCGUACGAACAGGGUCUUGCCGGAGGCAAGACAACGACAGCGUACGGAGACUCCUCAGAUCAACGAAGAAGAGGUGGUAACAACCGCGCGACGCCCUUCUCGGACUGACCCGGCGGAAAGGCUCCGACGACAACGAGAGUUCGCACAGAGACAGACAGACAUACAGACAUUGACGGGGAUGUUCCCAAAUGUCCGGCAAAGCGUGGUAAGAGACGUGUUGCAGAGAAGUCCCAAUGUCGAGGCCGCUGCAGCACUCCUGCUUAGUUCGCAGGAGAACUAUUGAUACCUGCAUGUUCUGUAUGUAUCUAUGGAGUGUGCUAUUGCUGAACUGCAUGUCGGAUGACAUCUUUCACCGACGCGCUUAGACUCGCCAUGACUGAUUCAUUGUGUUCGAAAGUUGAGGGUUGCGCCGCAUCAAGUAUACUGCCAUCCUCGUCUUGCGGUAUAUCGCUCUUGAAAGGUCUCAUCCUCGCCGGUCUUGAGAGCAGGG